AUGACCGAGCAGUUCCCGAAACGUCCUAAGCCGUAUCCCAAUCGAGCUUUCCGUCGCCUCAACUGCUUUCUGCCAUCCACAAUGGCUGCAAUCGACGCUCUCCAACUCGAGGCACGCAGCCAGAUCGUCAAGCGAAAUUGGGCAAGCGAGAACCCCGGCGUUAUUCUUGUCUUCUGCAUCGUGUUUAUCGUGGCCGUCGGCAUCAUCUGUCUACUCCUCUACCGGAAAUGGUUGACACGGAAAGCAGCAAAAGAGGCCUUACAGGUGGAGUAA